GUUGGCUUAUCGUCAAUUUUGUCCUAAUCAUGGCCGACAACCACCGUCAUCGUUCGGGGCCGCUCAAGCAGAAUAACAAGAAGCACAAAGCAGGUCGCCAUGACACCAAGACGUUCUUGACCAAGAAGAGUGGGGGCAAAGUCGAACGUGCGCCCCUCAAAUCCACCAAAGUGGCUGUAAUGGGGACCAAGCAGCAACGCCUCCAGAAGGCCAAGCAGUGGAAACAAAUGAAAAAGGAGGGCGUGUGGAACCGCAACCGUCACGGCGGCCUGGCAGGUGCUUCGAAAAUUGUAGCGCUCGUGCCGCUUGGUCCGUCCGCAGACUUGGCUGCCGUGCGCACCGUGCUCGUCGAGUCUGCGACCACCGUCGAGUACUCGGACGACUCGAAGCAGAUCGGCCGCCACACAAACGCGUUCUUUGCCACGCACAAACAAAAGUUGACGAUCAUUGAAAGCGGCCAUGACCUUGUGGGCAUUCUCGACAUGGCCAAGGUGGCGGAUGUCGUCGUGUUUGUCCUGCCCAUGUUCGACGGGCCCGACGCUGCCGUGAGCGCCGAUGGCGACGCCGUCCUCUCUGCCCUCCGUGCUCAGGGCCUCGUCGCCACAGUCGGCGUGAUCCAAGGACUCGAGAAAUUCACCGGCAAGGUCGAAUCUGACUACCGCAAGUACGGCAACCGGUUCUUCACGACCGAGUUUGGGGACUCGAUCAAGAUCGCCCAAGGCAACAGCACCGUUCAAGUGCUUCGCGCAGUGCUCACGGCGCAGCCCAAGCUGCUCCACUGGCGGGAAAUCCGGUCGUACAUGCACGCGAUGGACGUGACGUACGUCCCCGAGACCCAAGUGAUGCACGUGUCGGGGUACAUUCGUGGCCGCCCGUUGUCGGUCAACCAGCUGCUGCACCUAACAGACAUCGGCACGUUUCAAAUGAGUCACAUCUUGGCCGCGGCUGAAAACGGAAACGAACCGGUGGUGCUGGCGACGGCAGACCCGACCAAGCGCGAGGACUUGCAGUACGAGGCCGACGUGGACACGUUCGCGGCCGAGCAGACGUGGCCCACGGAUGAAGAGCUCAACGAAGCGGCGGCCAACCGCACCGAGGCCGAGUUUGUCAAUGGCAUGUCCACGUACCAAUCGGCGUGGAACGUCGAGGACGACGAGGACGAUGCCGCCAUGGAUGCUGACGACGAUGACGAGGAUGACCUCCCCGACCAAGCGUUUUGCAAAGUCGGCGACGGCGCCACGACUGAAGCCGGCGGGGACGACGACGACGAUGACGAUGACAUGUCGUUGGCGGACGACGACGACGCCGAGACCCGUCAGGCGCAGCUCGAAGCGUUGCAGGCCGAGCACCAAAUGUUUCCCGAUGAAGUGGACGUCCCGGCCGACAGCACGGGGAAGGAUCGGUUUGCCCGGUACCGAGGCAUGAAGAGCUUCCGCACGAGUCCGUGGGAUGCCAAGGAGUCCCUUCCGAUGGACUACGCGCGCCUGUUCCAGUUCAACUCGUUCAACGCGACCCAAAAGCGCGUGCUGGACGAAGGCAAGGCGGCCGAAGACCUCUGGAAACAGACCCGAGCCACCGUGCUCCUCGACGGCGAGUACGUUGCCAGCGGCACAUUCGUGACCCUCGUGCUCAUCAACGUGCCCGCAGCCGCCGUCGCCACCCGCGCCGCCAUCAACCGCGUGUGCGUGUUGAGUUCCCUGCUACGCCACGAGAACCGUCUGUCCGUGCUCAACUUUUCACUGCAGCGCCACGGCCCGGCGGCCGACGUGCCGUUGAAAUCGAAGGACCACAUGUCGUUCCACUGCGGGUUCCGCCGCUUCGACGGGUGCCCCAUCUUCUCGGACCAGAACCUCAAGGCCGACAAGCACAAAUUCCAGCGCUUCUUCCCCACGAACGGGUGGUCCGUAGCGUCCGUGUACGGCCCCGCGACGUUCCAGCCUGCGUCCGUGCUCGUGGUGUUUCAGAACGCGCUGGUUGCGUCCGGCACGCUACUGAACGUCGACCCCGACCGCAUCGUGCUCAAGCGAGUCGUGAUCACGGGCACCCCCGUCCGCGUGAAGCGCCGAAAGGCCGUCAUCCGGUACAUGUUUCACUCGCCAGAGGACGUGCGCUGGUUCAAGCCCGUGGAAUUGACCACCAAGCACGGCAUGACGGGCCACAUCAAGGAAUCGCUCGGCACCCACGGCGACUUCAAGGCUAUUUUCAACAAACCCAUCAAAAACCACGACACUGUGUGCUUGAACCUGUACAAGCGCGUGUACCCCAAGCGAGUCGUGGCCGCAUAAGUAUAUUUUUAAUCCAAGACACUCGUUUGGAUGGAGGGCGGGAGGAAUUCCGUUAGAAGAGAUAUACAGGAUUCAGGAUUGUAAACGAGGUAGCUAUCUCUCA